AUGGAGAAUCUAGACGACGAAUUGAGUCAAAUGCAAGGUGAAGAUUUUGCUGGAUUAGCUGAAUCCAUGGUGGAAUUCGUCGAGCGUCGAACCAAACUCAUAGUAGGUCCGAUCCAUCGACCACCGUUUCUAACGAAGACGCAGAUCUGUGUAAUCGUAGCUUUGAUUAUAAUCUCGACUUUGAUUCUCAUCAAGAAGAUUCUUAAAGGAGAAACGCUUCUACAUGAUCGGAGAGUUUGGUUAUCCGGCGCCGUUUUCGUUUACUUCUUUAGUGUUGCAGGGACGAUGCAUAACAUUGUCAGAGAAGUGCCUUUAUUUGUUAGAGAUCAUGAAGAUGAGAUUAAGAACCUCAAUGAGSAAAGGAUGUUUAUGGUUUUGGCUKUGUUUAUAUKGUUCUGGYCUGUGAWGAAAGUUGUUUACUUGGAUAAUUGGAAGACUGAUUAUGAGAUUUACCCUUAUUGGCCAUCAAGAUGGCAAUGA